CAGGCACACAACCGUGGUGGUAGUAUUUCGUCGAAAGACGGCUGUACCGCUCAGCUGCUAUUAUGGGCGAUGUGGUCGUCAUCCCGUUAGAUCACGGUGGGGGUAGCAUUAAGGUUUCGGGCAUCGCGAAACAACUAAAUCUUAACCAACCACUACCACUGUGCUGCCAGACUGUUAAAAUUCCGAGAAAACAGCAUUCUACAGCUAUAGCUGGCUAUAUUUUGGAGAAUCCGUGACCUUUUGUUCUUAUUUUAAUGAUUUUGACUCGUUUUUAAACCAGUUUUGUUUUUUGUUUUUGUUUUUUGGAAUGUUGAAUAUAAAGCUUUAAUUUUUUUGUCGCUAAACUCGAUUAAACGCUGUUUAACUGAAUAAAACAUUUUUGGAAAGAAUUGUCUUAAAUACCGAGCGGAGAAGUUUUGAAUCUUCAACAAUUGACGAUUUUCUGUGAAGCCAACUGUCGGUCAAUGUGCUGCACUUAACUGGCUUAUCGGGUUCCAGAGUAUCCUAAAGCAAUGGUAAUAUGAGGAUCCCCCUUAUUUCUGAUCGUUGUUCUUCCCUUUCGAUGGAUUUCCUUUCGGUUUCGAUUUGUUUACUGUGACAUUCUUGAGCCAUUAUUCAAAAGUUUUUCGGUUGGAGCGGUACGAUGAUUAUUCAUGGUUACGAAAGUAUUCAUAAAUGGCUCAAGGAUUUAUAUAAAUGCGUUUCUCUCGCUGAUUUUCACUUAACUUUCACAAUCGAUUAAUUAAGAUCGUGAUGCAGUUGCUUCCUUUGGUACUGCUGUAUCUGUUCGGAUGGCUUGUUUCUUUACACUCGAGUAAAGCAGCUGUCUGGACUCCUGAGAACAGUCCAUGGAAUUUGAACGGCAACCAUACUGCUACUAGUAUUCUUGAUUAUUAUGGAGAAUGGAAAGGCCAUGAGUAUUUUCCUUCUCCUUCCAACUGGCGUACAAUUCCCUUUUAUACCAUUAUUUUGGACAAGUGGGCGAAUGCAUUGCCCGAAAACGACAUUGCAGAAGACACCGUAUAUGAAUCUGACCCCUACGAAGUUACUUUCCGUGCAGGUGGCGAUAUAAAGGGUCUUGUAGAGCCUCGUUCCUUGGACUAUUUAGAAAGUUUGGGUGUAAAGGCUAUCUAUAUUGCAGGUACUCCGUUUCAAAACUUGCCAUGGGCCCCAGAUGGUUAUUCGCCCUUGGACUUUACGCUUCUUGAUAAACACACAGGCACGAUCCAAGAUUGGCAGGAUGCCAUUACAAAAUUACAUGAGCGCGGAUUCUAUCUAAUAAUCGAUCUUACGGUUUCCACUCUUUCAGAAUUAACUUAUUUCAAGAACACGUCUCAUUCGUUUGCUAAUGCGUCUGCACCCUUCAGUACAAAAGGUUAUACGAUGGAUUACAAAAACGAUGACCUGAUUUACUCGGAUUUUCAGAUUUCUAAUGGUUCUAAGUACGAGUGUUACACUCCUCUAUUUUGGGACGCAACUGGUCUACCACUAAAUUCGACCGAAGCUCUUGACCACAUUGAUGAAAUUACAUGUUAUGAGGGUGACUUUGACCAAUACGGUGAUGUUGAAGCAUUUGGUAACCAUCCUCCAUGGUGGCGUCAACUGUCUAACUUCGCUUCCGUUCAAGAUCGUCUUCGUGACUGGGAUCCACUUGUGGCCAAGAAGCUUAUGCACUUAACAUGUCUUGCUGUUCGUGUCCUAGAUGUUGACGGAAUUCGUGUCGAUAAGGCUACACAAAUUACAUCAGAUUUCUUAGGUUCUUGGGCUGCAGCCGUUCGAGAAUGUGCAAGAGCGGUAGGUAAACACAACUUUUUUAUCCCCGGUGAAGUUACAAGUGGAGCUGAUUACGGUUCUAUUUUCUUGGGCAGAGGUCGACAAUCUGACCAGCGUCCAAAAACAGUGGAUAUUGGUAUGAGUCUAACAUAUGAUAACUCAACCUACUUUUUGAGAAAAGUGAACGACUCCGCUCUGGAUUCUGUUUCAUUCCAUUAUUCGGUUUACAGAACACUCACUCUUUUGCUUGGACUUCAGGGCGAGCUUUUUGCUGCUUUUGAUCUGAAUCGUUACGACUUUCCAACUAUGUGGGAACAAAUGUUGAAACAAGAUGAUCUCAUUAAUGCCAAUACAAAGAAAUUCGAUCCUCGACAUCUUUAUGGUAUAACAAAUCAAGAUAUUUUCCGUUGGCCAUCUAUCAAGGAUGGUGUGUAUAAGCAAAUGCUCGGUUUCUUUGUUACUCAUUUAGUCAUGCCGGGAAUACCUCUUGUGUACUAUGGUGAGGAACAAAACUUAAAACUGCUAGACAACCAAGCUGCCAACUAUAUUUUUGGAAGACAGCCUAUUGUUUCUUCAAUUGGAUGGCAAAAGCAUGGUUGCUACAAUAUCGGAAGUACUCAAUAUCUUGAUAUUGAUUUCACACCGGCAAGUAAGUCUUGCUUAGAUGAUUGGACUGGGCAUGAUCAUUUGGAUGUUACUUCAUCUACGAAACACUAUAUCGCUCGUAUGAACGAAAUUCGUGCUAAUUAUCCACAAAUUCGCGAUGGCUACUUGCUUGAAGGUUUAGGAAAAUGGACUACAGAAGGUGUGCUGCCCGGGAAUGAACUUUAUGGUGAAAAGAAUCCUACCCAAUGGGGUGUCUGGUCCCUUAUUCGUGGUCCCAAAGCACCUUAUCAGGACUUUGGAGACAAUAACUUUAAAGUCUGGGUUGUAUUCUCAAACGAGAACCAUUCAAUAACCUUUGAACGUGAUUGCGGAACCAAAGUUGACCAGAAAGAGCCACCUUAUCCUGCUAUGAUCGGUCCAUAUGCCGCUAAUCAAACGGUGAAGAAUUUGCUCUAUCCUUAUGAAGAAUAUGAUCUUGUUCCUUCGGACAUUAAAGAUAAGGGCUGUAUUCCAAAAUUACACUUCGAUCCGUAUGGCUCAAAACUAUUCGUUCCAAAAGAUCGUUGGGUUCUACCUAAUCUGUACAUGACAAAGUUUUUACCUGGCCACGAUUUCAGACUUAUUACUGAGAAUAGUUCUGUGGAUGUGGACAUCAGUAUUGGAUUUUCAGAUGAACUUGAUUGCGAAACUGUAUCCAAGAACGUUGUUGUGAGAUCUCACUCAUUGACUGAAAGUAAACGACCAUUUUUUAAAGAUGGUUCUGUUCAUUGCGGUCGUCUUCCAUUUGAACCCAAGGCAGAAUUGACUAAUACUCCCGUUACUCGCUGGUAUUUUAAUGCUACUUUGACCGGUGUCCCACAAGGUAUACAUGAGGUUAUUGUUAAAAACGUUACUAGUUUUUCUGGCCAAAGCUUGCGUUCUGCUACCAAUACUCUUAUCUUCCGUGUUGGUUCGGAAGAAAACCCUAUGGUCAAUACGUUGAAUGCUACCUUUAGCAAAAACCUUCUGAUUCAAACCACAAAUGGCAGUCUUUAUGUUAAUCACACGGGUAUAGGUGCUGACAAAUUCCGUUAUUCGCUGGACUUUGGUUCAAACUACUCCAAGUGGUUACCUGUAACCAGUAAGGUUCAACCUUUGAAGAAGCUUCAUUGGAAUGGAACUCAGUCUCAACACUGGGAAGGCGAACACCUUAUUGUACAAUAUUGGUCAACCGUGGGCCUCUCUAAUGCUCACGUUCAACACGGUGACACUGUUGGUUACCAACGCCAUUUUCCACAUGUCUUCGUUCAAGGAAAGUUCAAUCGAUAUGGUUACGAUAAUUCGGUCCCCUCGAGGAUGCACUUUGAUAAAGACAAUGGAAAAUGGACUUACAACUUGAUAUCUACUUGGCCUGCUGAACUGAUAUUUAAUAUCUGGGGCAUGAAUCCCGAUGGAAACGCGGACCAAGGCUGGGUUUACGGUGAUCUCGAUAAUGAUACAAUUAUUGAUCGUGUGCCUCCAGGCACCAGUCGAAUUAGUAACUUUAUCCGGUUGAUGAGCUCUCCUCCAAAACCCUAUUUGUCUUACAAGCUUAUUCUUGACGAUCAAACCCGAAGAUGGACUUAUGAACCAAAGGGCUCUUGGUCUGUGCAAAUUGCUGUACUGGUUUUGAUUCUGGUUUGUCCACUUAUCGCAGCCAUUUUCUCAACCAUGUUCUACAAUGGUGCCUUCUCUCGUGUCAUUAAGUUUGACGGUUUUGACAGUGAAGGCUGGUUGACGUUUGUUUUUCGGCUAAAGGUUAUCGGUUUGAAAAUAAUUACCUUGCCUUUGCGUCUUUUUGGAAAGUCGGGUCCUGUGAUAGAAAACUCUCUUACAACGCAGGAUGGAAAUAAGAAGCUCAACGUCCUUCUGGCAACUCUCGAGUAUGACAUUCCUGAACUUAAAGUCCGAGUGAAGAUUGGUGGUUUGGGAGUCAUGGCUCAGUUAAUGUCUCGACAAUUGAAAUUCUUAAACUUUGUCUGGGUCAUUCCAAUGGUUCGCGGUAUCAAUUAUCCUUUGGAAAGAUUAACAAGAAUUGAUCCAAUUUACAUUACAAUCAGUGAUGCAUUCUUUGCAGUUGAGGCAUUUACCUUUGUUAGUGACAACGUCACUUAUGUGCUCUUAAAAUCCAAGGUCUUUGAGAAGCAAACAAGUUCCGCGCCGUACCCCGUGAAGAUGGAUGAUUUGGAGUCUGCCGUCUUUUAUUCAACUUGGAAUCAAUGCAUCGCCGAAGUUUGGAGACGGUUUCCUUUAGACAUUUACCAUGUCAAUGACUACCAUGGUGCCUUGGCACCCUUGUAUUUGUUGCCAAACAUCAUUCCAUGCGCAGUUUCAUUGCAUAAUGCUGAAUUCCAGGGUCUCUGGCCUCUUCGCACUGCAUAUGAGAAACGGGAAGUUUGCCGUGUCUUCAAUCUUAGUGAAUCACUCUGUGCAAGAUACGUACAAUUCGGACACAUAUUCAAUCUUUUACACGCCAUCAUAUCAUACGUCCGUAUCCAUCAACGCGGAUACGGUGUCGUUGGUGUCUCUAAGAAAUAUAGCAAGCAAUCACUUUCAAGAUAUCCAAUUUUCUGGAGUCUUGUUAAUAUUGACGAGCUUGCGAAUCCUGACCCAAGUGAUCUUCUAGAAUCAAACACACAGUCUUCCAUUCCUGAAAAGGUUGAUUUUGUUUUGGAAGCCAAAAGAAAGCAUUUGAAACGUCAAAGUCAAAUUUGGGCGAAUUUGGAUGUUGAUCCUUCCGCGCAACUUUUAAUUUUCGUUGGAAGAUGGUCUUUCCAAAAGGGAAUUGAUCUGAUUGCUGAUUUAGCUCCUACAUUGCUUACUCACUACAACGUUCAGCUCAUUGUAAUUGGUCCAGUGAUUGAUUUGCAUGGACGCUUUGCUGCCGAAAAACUGAAAUAUUUGAGUGAAAAAUAUCCGAAGCGUCUAUUCUGUCGUCCUGUUUUCACUGUUGUUCCUCCGUUUUUGUUCGCGGGUGCAGAUUUUGCAUUGAUCCCUUCGCGAGAUGAACCUUUUGGUCUUGUUGCAGUCGAGUUUGGCCGUAAAGGUGUUCUUUGUAUUGGUUCAAAAACAGGCGGCCUUGGUCAUAUGCCAGGAUGGUGGUUUAAAAUGGCUUCUUUCAACUCGGGACAUUUACUAACACAGUUUGGAAAUGCUAUUCUGAAAGCUUUGAAUACUGCUGAGGAAACAAGAGCUACCAUGAGGGUCCAAGCCUUGAAUCAACGUUUCCCAGUAUGCAUUUGGCAAGAGAAGAUUGAGAAUCUCUUAACUUCUUGUAUUAAGGUUCAUGAUGAUGUUGAGAGACAGACUCAAAACAACUGGACAUCUAUUUUCUCAAAGCUCGGCAGAGCCUUGACUUGUAAUCACAAGGAGCAAGACUCGUGCGACGACUUGAAUGCUGCUAACAGUGAGGAUGGUUCCUUCCACAGCGAAGCUUUGGACAUCUCAAAGGAGGCUGAAAAAGAGAAACCUGAUAACGAAAACAUUGUUACUGCAUCCGAGGUGCAGAACGAGAAUGUUGCUCCCGUUCCUGCACCAUUCGCAUACUCCUCCAAUCCUAAUGAUUCGUUUGAUCAACUUGCCAGAAAUCUUCAAAUGGGAGAUGCUGGUGCCCUAAGUCCAUCGCCUGAGAUUCGCGAAGUUCCUAUCCCGCAGUCGUUGUCUCCGGAGUCUUCCUGCUCUCCUCCACAUAUGGCAGGCGAGUCCUCUUCGGAUUCAUCUUCGGACAAGAAGAAGUCAGCGGAUUAUGAAGUUUUUGUUAAAUCUCACAAAAAGAUGUUUUCUUCAUCUGACAACUUUACCGAUGAAGACGGUGUUACACGAAAGGAGUUUUUGGCACGGAUGGAUAAACUUAAUCCUGUGAAUUCUUUACAUUCUCUCUGCAUCGAUAGAUUUAUUCGGAAGCAUGAGAGAAAGUAUUUUAAGGAACUUCGUGAUCAAAAAAUUGGAGUUAAGCUUCAUUUGAACGACACAAUGUCCGAGAAGUAUGAAGAAAAGGUUGAAGUGACAGAAGGAAAUUCACAGGAAUCACACAAUGCCUUACAGCGUAUUAUGCUUCACAGUAUUGGAACUUGGCCUCUGUAUACGAUUCUGCUUGCUUUAGGACAAAUCCUUGGCGCUUCUUCCUAUCAGUUGACUUUGCUUUCCGGAGGCUCUGCUCAGUCCUCAAAGUCGACAUAUAUUUUGCUGUCCAUCUUUUCAUUCUGUUCGAUGACCUGGUGGUUCUUAUCUCGUAUUUUCCAAGCCCGUUACAUCCUUUCUGUGCCGUUUAUCUUCUUUGGUAUUUCCUUCUUGCUUGUUGCACUGACACAUUUGUUCCAAUUCAGCAAGGCAUGUGCCGUUGUUCAGAAUAUUGCAGCCUAUGUGUAUGCCAUUUCGAGUUCAACAGGAUCGCUCUUCUUUGCUUGGAACUUUGGUGCUGAAGGCGGCGUCGCACCACAUCACUGGCUAACGCGUGCCUGUAUUGUUCAUGGCUUACAACAGAUUUGGUCUGCUAUUCUGUGGGGAUGGGGUGACCUGUUGAUGAAGGAAGACACUGCAAAGACUGUCAGCACUGGAGUCUUCAUUGGCGGUAUUGUUGCAUUCUUGGUUUGCUUCGCUUUUGCUGGUUUGUCGUAUGUUGGACUACCAAACUAUUAUCGUCAAUCUCCCUCCAUCAUCCCGGCGUUCUAUCAUUCCUUGGCGAAACGGCCAAUUGUCAUCUGGUUCUUUAUUGCACAGAUACUGAACAACUUUUGGCUGGCUAUUCCGUACGGCCAAGCAUGGCGUUUCUUCUGGAAUACAACGUACACCUCGUUUGGUAGUAUUAUCAUUUUGUUGAUGAUCUAUCUUCUUGUCAUCUGGGUCAUUGUGUUUGUCAUUCUUCGGUUUGUUGCCAAAGACAACAGUUGGUUCCCCGUGAUCUUUGGACUCGGCUUCUUGUGUCCAAGAUGGUGUCUGGAGUUCUGGUCGUCUUCUGGACUUGGGCUGAAUUUGCCUUGGGCAGGGAAGGCUUCUCCAAUAUUUACAAAGUGUGUUUGGCUUACGCUCAACCUGUACGAUAAUCUACAGGGAAUUGGUCUUGGUAUGAUGCUGCUUCAAACACUGGCCCGAGAUCACGUCGCUUUCACUCUGAUGUUGGCACAGUUCUUCAGUAGUUUGACCAUCAUGGUUUCUAAGCCAAUUCUUCCCGUCACUGAUCGUGUGUUCCCGCUGUUCAGUUCGUGGAACCCGGCUGAUGGCAGCGGACCCCUCCGAAGUCCCUGUUUCUACCUUGCUCUCAUUUGUCAACUAAUUGGUGUGUUUGGACUUUUGUAUUACUAUCGAAAAUGCCAGCUCGCAGUAUAGGAAAGCGAUGCUGUUGGUGAAGCAGAUGAAGACUGUGAUGAAACCGGUCUCACUGUGAUGAAUUGAAAUGAAUUAACGAACUAACGAACUAACGAUAAUAAUAUUAUACAAUAGACCUGA